AUGCUUCUCUUUCUCCUCAUCUCAGUUGUUCCUGUUAGGGCAGCCGAAGUAAGAAGCGGUGAUGCCUUGUUAACUCUUCGAAAUGGUGUUUCCUUAAAGGGCACCAAAUGGACCGUCGAUGGCGUGGUGGUGGACGCGUAUCUGGGCAUCCCAUUUGCAAGGCCACCUAUUGGCAACCUUCGUUUUGCUCCUCCGGUCGAGGCAAGAUUGUGGAAGGGUGAACGUGAUGCCACACAGCGUCCAAACACCUGCUGGCAGUACCUUUUCAGUGGUUUCGACUUGGCCAAUCCUGCCGCACGCGUGAUGAGUGAAGAUUGUCUCUAUCUCAACGUGUGGGUGCCUGCGAAUAUGCCGCAGGAUGGUAAGCCACUACCUGUGAUGGUGUGGAUUUUCGGAGGAGGCUUCUUCAGUGGAACGUCCACACUCGACGUCUACGAUGGCAAGUUUCUUGCAGCUAAGGAGGGCGUCAUUGUGGUAUCCAUGCAGUACCGUUUGGGACCGUUUGGUUUCCUGUACGUGGAUUCGGAGGUUGACGGAAACAUGGGUCUCUUGGAUCAACGCCUUGCUCUCAAGUGGGUUCAAAAGCACAUUGCGAAAUUCGGAGGUGAUCCGACGAAGGUGACGUUGUUUGGAGAGUCAGCUGGUGCGGCGAGUGUCACGUUGCAGUACCUCUCACCCGAGUCUCGUCCGCUCUUCCAGCGCAUGAUUCUUCAAAGUGCAAGCGCUCUCAACCGAUGGGCACUGUCGACGAAAUCGGUGGCUCACGAUGCCGGUCUUUCAGUAAGUGAAAUGCAGAUAUUGGAACAAUGUAACAGUGAAGCACCGACAGCAGGUUUCAACUGCUCCAUGAAUGGAAGAAACUUAAAGAAGGCAGUGAGAUGCCUCAGGGAGCUACCGGCUAAGACCCUGUUUGACAGACUGUAUGAGCUGUCAGUUGCAUCAACAGCUAGACGCCAAAAACGCCUCUCUUCGCUGCUUCCUGCACAGUGGCCUGACACAUUCCUCACCUCUGCUGCUCAGUACUUCGAGGUCAUCAUGCGUCCCGUUCUUGAUGGCAAAUUCUUACCGGAUUGCCCGACAACCCUGCUCAAGUCCAUUCAGGAGGGCCAGGCGCCAGAGGCUCUGGUCGGCAACGUGGACAAGGAGGGCAUGUACUGGCUAUUUUACGGUCUCGGCAUAAACGGCAUCGAUUUCCUCAGUGAUGAAGGCACCGUUACUCGCCCAACACUCGAUCAACUAAAAGCAGCCGAUAUCGACUACUUCCAGCUUGUCCAGACUAGGUUCAUGAGUGUGGGUCAUCUAGUCCCUCAAUUUUCUGCAAUCACCACAGCUCAAUAUGGACUAAACAGCCCUUUCGUUAAACAAAUCAUGGGCUAUGACACCGUUGUGCCACCCAAUGCAAUAAGCAGCGAGAUGGACUUCCUCAACCGACUCGACAAUUUGAGUGGAGAAAUGGACUUUGUUUGUGGCACUCAACUGUUUGCCAAACUGCUUGCAGCCAUUGCGGGUGCGAAGGUGCAGUAUUACAACUUCAUGCACAAGACGGUGGGCAGUCAGUUUCCGGCGUGGGUGGGUGCGAUGCAUGGUUACGAAACCGAGUACGUAUUUGGCAUGCCAUAUUCGAGUGAAUUCCAGACGAGCUUCUACAGUUUUACAGCAGAAGAAAAGGAACUGAGCGCGAAAAUGAUGCGAUACUGGGCAAACUUUGCGCGAUCUGGGUAA